AUGGGAAAAGGAGUGCACCCGGACACACACAUAUCCACCACACACAGACACACACAUGGAUAUACACAAGUACACACAUACACAGACAUACAUACAGACACGAACACAGACACACACACACACACACAUGCUUUAUUAGUUGGAACUGUAGCCCAUUUGCGAGGGGGAGGGUUGGCUGAUAGGCUAAUGUCAUCGACACCUGUGUAA